UUCGUGCAUCGUCCGCAUUGUCCACGCGCCCGCUCUGUCGCCCACCCGCACUCGCGUUGAUGUUGCCGAGGGGUGGACGCGCGGUUGACUAUCGUAGGAAGGGGUUUUUGUUUUAGUUUUCAUAUUAAGUCGAGAGUGUGUGUGUGUGGGUGCAAGUCGUAUUUCGUAAUUGUUGAGUUAAAUCGCUGGUUUUGUUUUUGUCCGACAUGAGUUUGACCCGUCAGGAGGCGUACGCGGUGCUGGGCCUACCCAAUGGAGCACCUGAAGCAGAAAUUAAAUGUGCAUACAAGAAGCUUGCUCUGGAAUGGCAUCCAGAUAAGAAUAAUAACAGUGAAGCUGCUACCAUUAAAUUUCAGCAAGUUACGGGAGCAUACCAACUUCUUACUGCAGAGAAAAAUGAGGCUCACAUGAGCUUGGAUGAAAUGCUGGAUUUAUUCAACAUGAUGUUUUUUGGUGCCGGGGGUGGAUUCCCAUUUUAUCGUCCGCGUUUUGUAUUCAUCAAUGGAGAUAGAGACGAGUUUUACUCAUCGGAUGACAGCGAUAUGGAAUAUCUGUUUAACCCAAGCAGGGGUUAUCGUGAACCCAACGCCUAUCCCCGCCAGGGCGGCCGUGACCCUUACCAUCGCACGCAUGCCAGCAGCACCACCUCCACAUCUCACAUGGGCAAGACCACGUACAACACCAUCACAGUCGAGGAAGCAAAUAAAAAUGCAGCAGAUCUUAUACAGGAAGAGCAAAAUGCUAAAAAGAAGACCGAGAAACGUAAAUCUAAAAAGCAGAGGCGAAAGGAAAGAAAACAGCAAGAAAGAGUAGUUAAAGAACGCCAUACAAAUCCAGAAGAUGAUAAAGAGAGUGUGUGUUUUGAUAAUUCAAGUGAAAAUGAAGAAGAAACAGAAGUAGCUGCUGAAAGCAAAACUGUGAAUAAGGAACCCAUUAAAAAACCUGGACCUCUUACAAUGGACUCUAAGAAAGCGGCAGGAGCUGAUGAUGCCCUCAAAGGGAGGACCGUAACUAAAGCUAGUAAUAAAGAAAAUACGAGUCCACCCGCGUUCUCGGGCACCAAAGACCACAACGCAGGUGCUGCUUCAUAUUCAGAGACUCACGAUAACAAGAGUGUUAGCAUUGACGUGAAGUCGAAUGGACAUGCCAAACAGGCGAAAGCAAAGGAUGCACCUUCGCAUAGGGAGCCUGUACAUUCAUACACACGCCCUGCUUCGGAGAAGAUUCGUGGCAACGGCUACGUGAACGGUGCCGAGAAGGAGUCUUCGGAUUCUGAAGACGAACCUGAGUGGGAUAUGGGUAGUGCCUUUUUUGCCAAGGUUGCAAGCAAACAACAGCCAAAGCAUACCAAAGUGGACAAAAAAGUGAAAAGCAAGGAAAAGCCAGUCCCAGUUAAAGAAGAAAAGCCUACAAAGGUUCCCGCCAAUGUUGUACCCCAGAAACCAAGUCCUGACGAGUUAGCUCAAUGGAGUGUACAGUUUGCAGUGCAAGGUAAUGAGUUGGCAAGUAAACAGAGUUAUGCAGAAGCCAUUGAGAAGUUUACUGAAGCAAUUAAGUUAUAUCCGCAAGAUUUUCGGUAUUUUGGGAAUCGAUCCUAUUGUUUUGAGCGUCUUGGAAAGUACAAUGAUGCCUUGAUGGAUGCGGAGUUAGCUAUAAAUAUAAACCCAAUAUGGGCACGAGGAUACUUUAGAAAAGCGCGGGCUUGCAUUGGAUUGAAGCAUUAUAGAGAGGCAGAAAGUGCAUUAUGUCAGGUGAUUACUUUAGAUAUGUCUGAAGAUGCUAAGCAAGAGCUGAUGAACGUGCGAACACUCCGUCUUAUGGAGAUGGGCUUUCCACAACAGCAGUCGGAGGCUGCAAUCUGGGAGUAUGACACGGUGGAUGCUGCUUUAGAGGCACUGCUUCGAAAAACAGGUGCCUUGCCAAAAUCCGGUGUGGGCAACAUGGGGAUACAGAAUCAUAAACUACCAAGUACUCGACCAAAUGUCACCGUACAGAGAACCCAAGACUCAAAUGGUGCUUUGGGCAAUUCUUCAGUGCCUCCACCUCCUCCGUAUAGCAUCGUCUCUUUAUGGGUGGGAAACUUGACUUCUGCUGUUACUGAAGACAUGCUUCAAACGCUGUUUAAGCCAUUUGGACAGAUCCACAGCUUCCGAAUGCUGCUGGACAGAAAGUGUGCGUUUGUGAACUACACAACCAAGGAGGCCGCUGACAGAGCUUUGUGGUCCUUACAGGGAUACCAAGUCGCAAACACAAACCUGCUCAUCCGCUUCCAGAGUGCCUCCACAAAGAGCGUCGCCGCCGCCCUUUCAGCAGCCUUCAGCAGUGCCACCAGGAUCCAAAAACGGCUUCACCAAAAUGCAAAGCAAAGGUGAGAAGAAGGCAACGUUUACCAGCCUGUCUUCUUGAAUGGACUUGAAAUCCACCCUGGAUGGAGGGCCUCCACUGUGUUGUUCCAUAAUAUCGUUUGCAUUGAAUAUACCAGCAUUAUGAAGCAUUCUGGUUUAAUUUUGAAGCUGAUAAUGACGUGAAGGGCAAACGUUUUGCCUGGUGUCGCAUAUCAAUGAUUCCAGGAAAUUGACCCUUGUCGAGAAUUUACACAUCUAUAAAUGACAAUCAUUUAAUUGCCUACGUUAGAUGGCCGACUCGAUUUGAAUUUGUGCAACGCUUAAACAAAACCUUAGUUAUUUAAGAACUUAAAUUGCAAGCCUCCAAUAUAAGAAUAACUUUUUUAUAAUGAAGUUUGUCGUUAAUCUGACGUGUAACUUGCCUCUGGUCAGGUUUCAUGCCAUUUUGCAUUUGUUACCAAUUAUGUUUAUGAUGCUUUGGGCUCAUACGUUUGUAGAAUGCCUUAAUUUUAAUAACUACUUUUAUUCAACACUUUUCUAGGCUUCAUCUUGUUCCGUUAUAUUACAUGGUAAACUAAAGCCUACAUCAGCCAAGUACUUGCAACAAAAGUAUUUGAUCACGAUGUAACACUUGGCAUUUUAUAAUUGAUCCUAACCAACUCCCAAGUCUAAAAUAUGAUAUUCAUAACUGGUAUAUGUUAACUCCAACUUUAUUUUGCAGCUUACUAUAUUGACCGGCUAAGUAUAAAAAAACAUUUACCUGCACACGCACUUGUCAUCAAGGUUCUGCCAUUUUUUUAAAGUCAAGUGGUAGGCCCAAAAGUUAUCCUGAUGAUGUUGACAGCAAAUACAAACGUUUAAAUCGGAUAUCUUCAUAGAUGGCAGCAAUAAGAUUAAGCUGAGGUUAACAAAACUUAAGACAUAGGUCGGUAGCAGUUUAGUUUAGAAAAAGAUUACAAUUGUUGCUUAUUUCAAUGCAGUUAUAUUUUUCCUGUAGGCACCACCAGUCUGCCUUUCGAAGAUGUGCAGCAAUUCCACCAAUUGCUGUAAAACCACCAAUGUGGAUAAGAUGCCCACAAUUAGUUUGAGUAUGGGAGUAUUAACUUUUUUGACUGUCAAAUAAAUAUUAAUUUAAAUCAUUGUGGUUUUUGGUGACUUUAUUGGCCUUAAUCGAGAAAUAGGAGUUUUGGUCAAUUCCUAUUUUUAUUAAAUGCUUAACCUGGAUUUCAAACCAAACAAUUAUGCCUUCUCAGCUCUGCUAAAAUAAUUCCAUCUCAGAAUCUACCGAGGAUGCUGUUGUGAAGCUGCUCCACAUUACAGCUAUCAAAAUAAAUGUUCUUAAACCACUUAAACUCGCGUGGGUAACCCGUUUUUCUAAGCCAUACACAAUGUAUGCCUUGGACUUUCAUUAGUUUUUUUAUCUGUAGUUUAGUUUGCUCUUUAUGUGUUUAAUAAAGCCUACAGAUGUGCAGUAAACAUCAGCAUAAUAUACAUUUUCAUUUAAUCAGCACUAGUCGGGCAGGACUGUUUAGAUGAACAAUUUUCACGUCCUAAAUAACGAAAUUAGUCUUAUUUUUUCACGGAUUAAGAAGCCGAGAUAAUAACGUUUCCUGCAGCUACACAGCUGAAAUUGCCCCCUUGCAGAUUCAGAACAUUUGCAAUUACUACCAGUGUUUAAGAUUUUUAUUUUACAUGUAGCUAUCUUCUUAAUGUGCUCUGCCUUGGACGUGUUUUAAGCCUUGCCUAGAGGGGGUUAAAACAAGUGGUGUAAUUCCCAGUCCAAGGCCCGCGUGCGCACAUUGAGAGAGCGGUGUGGAUACGAUUUAAAGAUGAUGCUGGAGCGCCACCAGGGGGAACUGCAUAUUCUAAGCCAGUUUAACCAAGUGGAGGAAUUGCAGCUGGAAUCCAACGACAUGGCCCAACUUUACAUUGUCAACGAUAGCCGCUCGCUUGCAGACCACACAACAAGCGGUGAUAUAACGUGGAUUGCAAACGUAGUUUGAAAAGGCAUUGGGAUGGGUAUUUAGCACUGCAAUUGGCUAAGCCCCUUUUAAACGUUGACAUUCCACUGAAAUUACAUGGACCGGUGUUGGUUCGUGGUGAAUAUAUUAGGGAGGUAUUUUUUAAGUGCUUUAUAUAAAAUGUCGUUCUUGCAAAUCUGUUGAGUGACUGACAGGUGGGAAUUUAUAUUUAUUAUUUUGGCUAUGCCAGCUCCUGAACCUUUUUUUAGAAUUUGACAUGUAGUAUUUUGCAAAUGUCACAUUUUUCUUGCGUUGUUUGCUAUCGGUUUUAAAGUUUGAACGAGAACUCUAUUUAAUGUUCAGCUGAAUUGUUGUUGAUUAGAACGUUUUAAGUUAAAUGCUAAAAGUUCUCGAUUGAAAUUUUGUAAUCUUUUGUAAUGAACGUUACGUUAAUACCUGCCACUUUCAAUGACAUCAAUAAUUGUAAAUACAAACCUCUUAGUAUCUUUGAUAAUAAAUCUUAUUUGAAACUUUG